GUUAUAUAUAUAGAGUAUAUGCUUGGAGAGAAGAAGCCUAAGACAAAAGUUAUCCCCACCAUUGAUUAUCUCUCUAUCAUCAAAGUCUCUCGUCUCAAGAAAAUGUCAGUCCAAAAAUGCAUUUCACCACUUACAACGAUUCUCCUACUAGCAACAACGAUUCUAUACAACAACCAAGUUCAUGCAACAAGUCCAAUCAAAACCAUCGUAGUUUUGGUAAUGGAAAAUCGAUCAUUCGAUCACAUGCUUGGUUGGAUGAAAAAACUAAACCCAGAAAUCAACGGCGUAGAUGGUUCGGAAUCGAACCCGGUCUCAGCAUCGGACCCUUCUUCAAAGAAAAUUCAGUUCGGAUUAGGUUCACAUUACGUUGAUCCGGAUCCGGGUCAUUCGUUUCAGGCGAUAAGGGAACAGAUAUUCGGGUCGAAUGAUACAUCCAAAGAUCCUCCACCGAUGAACGGGUUUGUUCAACAAGCAUAUUCGGAGGACCCCACUGGUAAUAUGUCUGCAAGUGUUAUGAAUGGAUUCGAACCCGAUAAGGUUCCUGUCUACAAGACACUCGUCUCUGAGUUCGCUGUCUUUGAUAGAUGGUUUGCAUCGGUUCCAUCAUCGACGCAACCAAACCGGAUGUUCGUGCACUCAGGCACGUCGGGAGGAGCCACAAGCAACGACCCAAAGUCACUUGCAUUAGGUUAUCCUCAAAGAACCAUUUUCGAAAAUCUUGAUGAAGCCGAUAUCUCUUUCGGAAUAUACUUCCAGAAUAUUCCGGCGGUAUUGUUUUAUCGAAACCUAAGGAAACUUAAAUACAUUCCUAAGUUCCAUAGCUAUGCCUUAUCCUUCAAGGAUCAUGCAAAGAAAGGAAAGCUCCCUGGUUAUGCUGUGAUUGAGCAACGUUACAUGGAUACAAAAUUUGAGCCAGCUAAUGAUGAUCAUCCAUCUCAUGACGUCUACCAAGGACAGAAGUUUAUAAAGGAAGUGUACGAGACACUAAGAGCGAGCCCACAAUGGAACGAAACCUUACUCUUAAUCACUUACGACGAGCACGGUGGAUAUUUCGACCACGUUCCAACACCGGUUCGCAAUGUGCCUAGCCCGGACGGUAUAGUCGGACCAGAACCAUUCCUAUUCGAAUUCAACCGCUUAGGUAUUCGUGUACCAACAAUAGCUGUGUCUCCAUGGAUCGAGAAAGGAACGGUCGUACAUGGACCAAACGGGUCACCAUUCCCAUCAUCUGAAUAUGAGCAUUCUUCGAUUCCGGCGACUGUAAAGAAACUAUUCAAUCUAUCGACGCCUUUCCUCACAAAAAGAGAUGAAUGGGCAGGGACGUUUGAGAACAUUUUGCAAAUCCGGAAAGAGCCUAGAACUGAUUGUCCCGAGACGUUACCCGAACCGGUUAAGAUAAGAAUGACGGAGGCGAAUGAGAAUGCUAAAUUGAGUGAGUUUCAGCAAGAGCUUGUACAACUAGCUGCGGUUCUAAAAGGAGAUGAUGUACUUACAACAUAUCCUAAAGAAAUAGGAAAAGGAAUGACUGUGAUUCAAGGGAAGAUGUAUAUGGAAGAUGCUGUGAAACGAUUCCUAGAGGCUGGUCGUUUAGCUUUAGACAUGGGAGCGAAUAAAGAAGAGCUUGUUCAUAUGAAACCUUCCCUUACUGGAAGAAGACAUUAAUCUCGUUCUCCCCUUAAAUUUCAAUCAUAUCUCACCUUUUCCAUUGUUACUUAUAUAAGUCAGACCCCUGGUAUUUUACUAAUAAAAUGUGUUUUAAUUGACACUAGAA